AGGUGACAUGAUGGCGCAUGAAAACAGGUGAUCGUGAUCACAAGUUGUCCACCGUUCACCUAAAGUCCUACCAGAUGAUGACAUUCCAUCAAAUCGUGUUAUAAAACUCCCAAAAUCCUAAAGAUUCAGCUUAAAAGUGCGUUCAUCUCAUUGUGAUGCAGUGAAUUGUUGACUAACUAUUGUUUGAACAUGUUUGGUGCCUUAUUGUUACUUAAUUAUCGUCGAAUAACUAUCAGUUGAACCGAUUGUCUUAUCGUUAACCACGAUAAACACGUUUCAGUGAGACAGGUGAUAAUACACGUAUGUAGGAUUAAUGUCACUUGUGACCCUGUGAAAAUCUAUCUAUACUUUCCCUUUGUGGUUCUAAUGAGAUAAAAUACGUGUCAAGGUGGACUUUUGGGCAGGGUUCCAUCGGAUUUUGCAGCAGAUAAAACAUCGUAAAACCAUUAGCAAUGAUCCAUUCGCAUGAAAUAUCAGUUUGGCUAUGGAAAAAUCAGUCCAGUUCUUGAGGAUUCAUUAAAAUUGCAAUUUUCAGAUCGACAUAACAGUGAGAAUUACAGACAAUUUUGGCUAUUUAGACAAUGAAAGGAUACUGAUGAAAGAAAAAUGGAUAAACAAAAAAUUAUUUAUGGCGAUUCUGGGACAAUGUCAUUUCCACCCUUGGUGAGCUCCACCCCACCUCCGUUGGAUCACAAUUUCCGAGAGUCCGAUGAGGAUGACGAGUUUGGGGAUUUCGCUGCCGGUGCACUUGAUGGCUCUUCAACAACCUCGGAAUCCCCCCAGAAGCUUCUGACACCACUUCAAACCCCGCUAUCAUCAGUGGCUCCAUCGCCCCGGGUAAAUGGCACCACCGAUUACUCGCCAUCUCCAAAGCCCGUCACAAUAGACCCCAAAAAAGACCUCGAUGAGGACAUAAUAAUAACCGUUGAAAAGACUAACGACACUGUGAGCAGUAUAAAGCUAGACAAUAGAACUAGUGGUAGUUUACAAGAUAAUGAUUACGAUCCUAACAAUGUCGAGCCUAGUGAUACGUACAAUAGCCACUCUAGCCCCGACAAGAGGAGCUUCGAUCACAUUCUCGAUGCUAAAUCAUCCGACAAUGAUAUUGACAAGAAAGACAUUGAUUUGCGAUUAGUUACGAGUAGUAAUAGCAGUAGUUUAGCUGAUAGUUGUUUCAAGAGUGAUUCAUCUACGAAUAUCGAACCUAACGACGACCCUGAGCCCCUGAGCCUGGUCCUAGACGAUCCCACUGCACCUGGUGAUCAUCAAGAUCAAUCCGAAUAUCAGAUAAACCCUAGACCUCCAGACCUCGAAGACGAUUUCUAUGAUUACGACAAAUUCAACAACUCCCUCGAGUGUGAUUACGACUCAAAUAAUCGGUUAAAAACAUCUGGAGACAGCCCCCAGGAUGAUGAUCGUCAGCUGGACGAUUACAAAACCGAGAAGAGAAAUCUUCAACCCUCAGAAAACAUCUUUGCAGACAUAACUUCAGAAUUUUCGACGUACCUCAUCAAUUCUCAUGGAAAUAAUGAGUUUGGCCAUCAUUUUACGAUAUCUGAGGCCGAUGGGGAUCAUGACAAGACCCUGGAGGCACCUGUUCAUCAUUCUGAUGACCAAUCAAAUGAUACAUUUGCUCAAUUUGAUGUUGAGUUCUGUAGGAAUGAGCGAGUCGAGGUUGUUAAGAGUGUAAAUAGUAAUGUGAGCGUUCGAGCGGAAUUCCAAGAUGAUUUUUGUGAAUAUAGGGGUGAGAGGGAGGGUGGGGAGGAGAUAAUUGUUGAAGGUGAGGAGAUCAGCACGAAAAAGUUGAAUUUGCUGGGGGAUUUGGAGACUUUGGAAAGUUCCUUAGUGGUUGACGACGAUUUCGAGAAUUUUUCGGCAUUCAGAGAGGGGGAGAGUACUUGUGCUAGAAUAGGGGAGGAGGAGGCCUCGGGAAUUCUUUCGGAAGAGGGUAAGAGGGAAGGUGAUGAUGGAGAUGAGUUUUCCGAGUGGAAGUUCCAGGGGGACGAUGACUUUGGGGACUUCGCGGAUUUCUCCAGUGAACCUGUGGCUCAAGGACAAAGUGAUUGGGGUAACGAUGCACAGGGAACUGGGCUGGUGGUUGGUGACGAUGGGGGGGAUGAUGAUGAAUUUGGAGACUUUGGCGACUUUGGAUCCUGCCCGACUACUGUAGAGGAGAAUCACGUUAGUUUUGAUUUGAGAGAGUCUAUCUGUCGGAUAGAUAAUCAGAAUGUUGCCAACAAAAUUGAGGAUAUAGUCGUGAAUAUGUUUCCACCGGUUCCCGAGCGCAGUCCGGUGGAUGUAGCCACCCUGAUACCAGGAGACGACGUUAUUUGGAGUUCCCUCAAGAAUAUCGAGGAGACGAAUGCAUUGAGCUACCAAUGGAGUAACAGCACCAGUAAUAAUGCACUUUUAGGGGCUUUGGGAAUCGACUCGAGGAAUAUUUUGUUCGGGCCUAGAUGGAAUCCUAAUAUUCCAAGAUUCGCAGCGAACCUGGGGUACGCUCCCUUGGAACCCAUGAAAGCCUCAAAUGCUGAGGGACAUCCGUCAAUAACAUCAUCCGCCAGUAAAUCCCAAAACCCGUCAAAUGUAGAGGAGGUACCAGCUGCUCAAUUUGACUGGAACAGCUCAGGCCUGGUGAAUCCACUGGACGCAAGUGGUGGGCUGUCAGCACUUCUGCCACUAGACUUAUUGUAUCCAUUUGAUCCUUUACUCACCACUCCCCACUGUUCCGGGCACUCCGAGUCCUAUCACCAUCACGCUGCUUGUACCAGGAGCUCGAUAUAUUACUAUCCUGGCGACUCUCCCAUCGACUCGCCUGCAGAGGCUGGACCUCCCAAGCACCCAAGACAGCUCCAGGCAUCGAGAAUAAUCGAACCUCUGCCUGGACCCAGUACAAUCGACUGGAAGAAGAAGCCAGAGAUGUCAGAGCUAAAGCCUGACCCCAGAGUCUCCUCUCAGAAGCUUCAGAAAGUCCAGCAGAAGCCAAUUCCAGUGAAUUCCACCCCGAAACUAGAACCCAACAAAUGUGAUAUCAAGUCUGGACAUCGUAAGGGAUCUCUGGGGAGGAGAGAUCCAGAGCAUACUGUUCUGGACAGAUAUGGAAGGCAGAUGGUUGUGAAGCCAGAGACUGUUCAAGUUCUCAAGCAACUGCCCGAUCUCUCGUUUCUCAGUGCCAGAACUUUACUCUUCAAUCCUGAACACAAACAGAUUGUUCAGGAUCUUGGUGCGAUGAUCAAUAGAAAAAUGCCUGGCUGAGUAACGUCGGUCUGAAUGCGCGUUUGAAGGUCGGUUUAUGAUAUUGAAAAUUUUCUUUGUGAAUUGAAAGACAAAAUUAAGAGAGAAAGUCAGUACUGAAGCUAUGUGGGAUAAGUUCUUCUGGAGAUUAAUUAACCCCCAGACUAAAAAGAUUGAUGAAAUUUAAAAAAGACCAGAUUCAUUGGGUGGUUGAGUGAGUAUAUUAAUUAUCGAUUUUAGAGAGGAAUAGAUUACUCUUGAGAUGAAUAUAUGAUGACGGUUCAGUACUGAACUGUUCUUCAUAAGUCACAUCCUAUCUUUGUCUUUCAGUUCCAUCAGAAAUUUGAGAAUUGAAUUGUGCGGGUGCAUUUUGUGAGAGAGGAUUUAGAGAGAAGAGGCAACAUCCCAAUAUCCGUUUCAAACCUGUGUUCAGACCAAUGAAAUAAAACGAUUAAAUCUGUGGUGAACGGGUGGUAGUAAACGAGUUCAUUAUCCACUUUCAACCCGAUUAUUUUGAACAUAUAUCACAUUUAUAUCGACAGAAUUUCCUUCAUAGGCUUUCAAAUUCUUUAGAAAAAAAAUCUCUUCACGUGACUGUCCGGCGAGGAAAUAGAUUGAAAGAAAUCUUAGGUUAAUUAACAAUUUAUAUCAUCAGAAAAAUAUUUUUGUAGAGAUAUUCAUUUCCGACCAAAAUUGAUAUUAAAAAAAAUGUCAGGGCUGAUUUACUCCAUCAAUUCACUGCUGAAUGUCUUUCCAUGCUCUUCCCAAAGGUUCAAAACCAAUUUAUCAUGAAUAUUCCUCGAUGCCCACUGCACAUUAGGUAUUCGUGUGAUUUUAUGUACAUCACAUUCAAUUAACAUUCCAGUUUCCUUGAUUUCUUUAAUUAAGAGCAUCGAGAAUAAGAGAUGAGUGUUUUAUCAAAUUUUCCAAUUGUGUGAUUCUAUCGAUAUUAGUCAAAAAAUGCAUAAAAUGUUUAUUGGAUUAAAGUGAUUACACUUGUCUCGUUAUUCAACUUGAUCCAAAAACCCAAACAAUUUUUUACCCCCCCCCCCAUUUUUAUUGUAAAAAUACGUCGUGUCUGCCAGAAGAUUUUUGUAAUUACCAGUUUCGUAAAAUCAAUUUUUCUAGUCGACGUGUUUAUCAUUUUAGGUAAUUUAUUUCUCUCCUAUUGAUUCAUUAACUCAACUAAAUAUAAUGUGUGAUUCACUAAUUAUUAAGUCAAUUAACGAGAAGAAAAUUGAGAAUGAAAAUUAUCAAAAUCAAAGAGAUAGCACUUAGUUGUGUUAAAUCAGGGGUAAAGAGGUAAAUUGUCUAAAGAAUAUUUAUCGUGAAAUAUGAGAAAAUGUUCUCUAGAAUUAUUUAUUGACGAGAUUAUCUGAUCUUGAGCUGAGAGCUGGGCAAAAUGAAACGGUGAGAAAAAUAAUUCUCUCGACUUUCCUGGGAACGUCUUGCAUUCUGAAUAGAAAUAUUUCAUUUGGUAGAAUGAUUGAAAUCUUCGGAAGUUACCUGGAAAAGUUUGGAAUUUUCUAGCCUUUAAGUGGAUGGCACUCAGCAGAAAUGUCGUUGCUAAAAUGUUUUUUAUAUUAGAUUGCAAUCAUAGACCUAUUCAUGUGAUGAGAAUUAUCACAAAUUUUGGAGCCACAUUCCGGUAGUCAUCUCAUUCUUCGACGACUUGAUCUUUAACAAAAAAUAAAGAAAAUAAAAGUUCCCUACAUCAUCUCAAGAAGUCGUUAUUGGUGGUGUUUCAUUUUGUCUCGUCUCCACUAAUCAUUUUUGUCCGUAAAUACGUAUAACACAAUUCAAUUCCAUCUGCUUCAACUGUUUUACUCCUUUAUCCCUGAUUUUUAUCAACAAUUUCCCGUAAUUAACUAGCUAAUAAAUGAAUUAAUCAUACUGUUAAAAAGAUCUCUGAAGGAUGAAAAUGGCGUGAAUACUAAUACAUGAAAUGCAUCACAUUUUUAUAUGGAAAAACCUUAAGACUAUUUUCUAAUGCCCUCGUCUGUUCAGUGCUUCACAGCUAAAAUGUAAUCAUCAAGUAACAAAAAAGUAUUGAGAGUACUUAAUCGUGUGAAAAUGAAAUAUCGACUCUUGGCGUUUGUUCAUUCAUUUUGUAAGUGAAUUCACUACGUAGAUUUAUUGAUAACUGUAAUGGAAGAACUUCAUUGAUGCUAAUUGUUACGUUAAUUAUUUAUAUCAAUGAAUAAUUGUAAUAUAUCUUAUGUAAUAUAUUGUGGAUAUUAAGAACUAAUAAUACGAUUAGAAAAAUGUUGAAGAAGUAUAUUAAAUAAAAUUCUUUACUUAAA